GCCGAGAGUAAUCUUGAGACGGAACACUUGAUGAAGCGGCGGUUUGCUGAACACCUGUAUAACGACGGUCAAAGAAAGAUUUAUCAGGCCCCCUCAUCACAUCUGGGGUUGUUCGCUGCCUCUUAUGUCAUCGCUGGAAGUUGCAUUUUGACCGCUGGUGGGCUAGCCUUCGCAAACCCAGACUACUACGACCCCAGUCGGGACCUUCCCUGGUUUGUCGCAGUUGGAUGCCGGCUGGGAAUAAUGGUCUUCACCGUUGUCGGAGGAUACGCAUUGAUAAGGCCAUUGAACCUGGUUCGUUCAAUAGAUCUAAUCAAGAAGAACGAUACAGUGAAGCUUCUCGUCCAGGUUCGACGCCCUUUGCCCUUCCUACGGCCCAAAGGACACAUUGUCGACCCAUUCAAUCUGCAAGUAAAACGAACAUACGCGAGACCGUUUGAAUCGGAGUUUGAAUCGUUUGAGGAACCACAAUCUGCUCAAGCCUCUAAGAGCCCCGGGAACCCACUCUCCUACAUUGCUCAGGCAAUCAGCAAAGGAAUUUACUAUCCCUUCAUCUCCGUGCGAAAAUUGAUGGCUUGGGAUGGCAUUAUGAGUAUCGACCUCGUUGAAGGAGAAGAGAUGACAAGGUGUAAACUGGACACCACUGGGCGAUGGUCCAAUAAUGGCCAAGAUUUUAUCAAAAUGUCUGUUGUUGCGCUUUGA